UUCGACGUCUAGUCGCGAUGACGACGACGAACUGUCGUGGGCAACGCGCGCAACGCGCACAACCCAACACCACAGCGAUCGAAGGACGCACGGCCAUCGGCAUCAUCGCGAGGAGCAUGUACGUGCGAGACCGAAGAUUACGAUGCCGACGUUCGAAGGAACAUAUCCGGAUGCUUGGUUAAGUCGUGCCAUGCAAUUUUUUGAGAUCAAUGAGGUACCUACGUCCGAAAGAGUUCAAAUUGCUGCCUACUACUUGGAUGGUGAAGCCAACACAUGGUGGCAAUGGGUGUCACAUGUUUACAAGAACAAAGGCGAGCAAAUCAAGUGGAGGGAUUUUGAGAAGGAGCUGAUUACCAGGUUUGGGUCUAGUGAUUAUUUCGAUUAUGAUGAGGUCUUGACGAGGAUCCGCCAAACCGGUAGUCUGCGCGACUAUCAAAAGGAGUUUGAGAGGAUAGCAAGCCGGGUACGUGAUUGGCCCGAGAGUGCACUUGUUGGUGCGUUUGUUGGCGGUCUAAAGGCGGAGUUAGCGGCUGAGGUGCAGUUGGACAGACCAAAAUCGACGAGAUCUGCCAUGGAAGCAGCACGACUGCACGAGGACCAUCUCGCGGCAGUGCGCAAGGCGAGGCCGAGCGAGGGGCGCACGGACGUUCGGCGCGCGAGCGUCGCGGUCGAUGAUACGCCCCCACGGGUCGAGGUCAAACCGGCAUUUGGCGAGGGUAUGCGCACCACGAGCAGCGUACGACGACUUACGGAUGGAGAGAUGCAGCGGCGAAGGGAAAAUGGCUUGUGCUAUACAUGCAAUGAGAAAUUUACGCCAGGCCACAAGUGCAAAGGUAAGGAAGUCUUUCUGUUGGAAAUUGGAGAGGAGUAUGAGGAAGAGAAGCCACAGGAGGAGUCCUUGUUACAUGUGUUUAAGUGCAAAAAGCGUGGUCCCAAGAUGAUCAGGUUCACGGCUGAAAUAAAAGAUCUACUGCUAGAGGUUUUGGUCGAUAGUGGGUCGAGCUUAAAUUUUAUCGACGAAGGAAUAGCCAGGCGACUGAAGUUGGAACCCACAAAGGUCAAGAAGUUUGGAGUCAAAGUAUCCAAUGGACAUGAACUACAAGGUAAUCAAUUGUUCAAGAAGGUUCCAAUUAUGGCACAGGAUCAAGAGCUAGAAAUUGACCUCUACACCUUACCACUCAAGACAACUGAUAUUGUGUUGGGAGUACGGUGGCUCGAAACACUUGGGCCCAUUACAACCGACUAUAGGCGAGGAAAGAUGGAAUUUGGGGGACCAGGGAAGUGCAUUAAGUUGAGAACGGAGGAUCAAGGCGACUCGCCAAUCGAGGAGGACGAUAGCGCUGUUGAUGUGCUGAAUUUUUUAAUCCUUGAG